AUGACAGUUGAACAAAGAGGCAUACUCAAUCUGCAUAAUGGGAUUCGAGAUGAUAUCAACAAUCGUAGAAUACCUGGACAACCUCAACCAAAAAGUCUUGGAAAAUAUGUAUGGGAUAGCGAAUUACAGCAAACAGCUGCAGGUUAUGCAAAAACAUGCAAUACAGAUGUCAAUACAGCUAAACAGCUUUACAAUAAUAAAUACGGUAUUAAUAUUGCUAAUGGAAAUGACUUUAAAAGUGCAUUCGAUGAAUGGUUCAAACGGAGUCAUUAUUAUAAUUUUGAAAAGAAUCUCUGUAACCUUCAAGAUUGUUCAUCUUAUAAACAGAUUGUAUCAGAUAGAACGACGCAUAUUGGAUGCUCAUUAAGUAUGUGUCCUGGAGAAAAAGGGUCAAGUGAAAUGACAGUAUGCUUUUAUUAUCCACCAGCUGAUGCAAAUGGUCAACCAUAUAAAAUUGAUCAACGUCAAAUGUAUGCAAAUAUCUCCUUGCGGUCUGCAACUCCAGUUAUUCGACCUGAGGCUACAUCUUAUCGCCUAGCUCAAGGGAGAUGCAGGUGUAGAUGUUAA